CCUAUCCCAGAUCUGGAGCUAAACCUUCUAUCUUCAUCUCUCUCAUCGACAUCCUCUCCAAAACAGCAACAUAUAUACCCAGAUUUAGUGAGAACCCAUUUCAACAAGCUGUCGAAAUUAGAAGGUUGACGUGUUAGCAUCAUGGCUGGGGCGCCAAUCGAGGACUGGAUACCUCGAAUGCAAAGUGAAGCAGAAGAAAUCCCCAAUUAUGUACACCCAGAGUAUUUCACCAUCAAGGUAUAUCAUGGUGGAUAUAUAGCACACACAGAGAACAAGUAUGUAGGAGGAACCAUAAGCUAUUACGACAAUGUGGACAAGGACAGAAUGUCUUUGACUGAGGUUGAUGGGAUGGUUAGGGGCAUAAAUCCCAAAUAUGCUGGUACACGCAUUGAUUACUAGUUCUCCAUAGGUUCUGAGGAUGAUGCGAUGACAAAGAUUAACAAUGACCAGGAUGUGAUAACCAUGUGCUGCAUGGUGCCUGAGGUUAGAGUGGUCAUUCUUUAUCUAGACCAUUUGGAACUGGAUCCUAAUUAUGAGGGUUUAGAAGAUCUGUUCAUGUAUGAGGAACAAGCACCUGCUUCGGGUUUCAGUCAAGCAGGGUCAAGUGGUGUUGUCAUAGAGGAGCUCCUUGACUCACCCAAAAAGAAGAGCUCUGUCAAGAUUGAGGAGCUGCCAGAUUCACCAACAAACCCUCCUGUGGAAGAUAGGUUAGGGUGUAAAGCUAGAAGAUUCAAAGUGUGUGCACAGAGACAAAAGUUUAAGCCAAGUGAGUUGAAGAUCCUGGACUGUGAAGAUGAGGUGCCAACUCAAGCUAGCAGAGCUCCAACUGAAGCUACUGAUAAAGGCAAGAAUAAAGUUGAGUUUGAACCUGUCAGUGAGGAAGAGCAUAUUGAAGAUGAUGGUUGGAUCCAAGAAGAUGAUGGAGUUUUUGAAGAUGAUGAUGCUGAGGAUGAGGAAUAGGCUUUUUCUGAUGAUGACUCAUGUGAUGAUGAUUACAAUCCUGCUAUGGAAGAUGAUGAAUAUGCUGCUUACGGGGUGGAAGAUGAUUUCUUGUUUGACUGGUUGACAGAAGAGGAAGGAGGAGCUGCUCAAGUGGUUGGUACUAGCAGAGCAGAUGGUUCUAUUGCUGAAGUGAUGGAGAACCAAAACGGCAGUAAUGCCAGUGAUGCCUGUGGAGACAAUGAGGACAUGUUUCAAGCUGUGGACUCAGAUGAAAAAGGCAUAGGGCAUGAAGCCAACUCUGAUGAUGAAGCUGUUGAACCUAGAUUUGUAGAGUUCAACCCAAAGACUGAUUUGAGCAACCCCCAGUUCUGUAAGGGCAUGAAGUUUGCUUCUGCCAAAAUUCUUAGGGCUGCUGUGAGAGAAAAAGCUAUCCAAAAAGGUUGGGAAGCAGUUUUUUUGAAAAGUGACAAACUUAGGGUCAGGGUGAUCUGCAAGGCUGAUGAUUGCCCAUUUGAAUUAUUUGCAUCUAAGAUGCAGCAUGAAGAUACCUUAAUGAUCAAGACUUACCAUGGAGGGCACACCUGUGCAAGGGUAUGUGAGAACAGCAUGGUUAGAACCCCAUAUCUAACAGAAAGGUUUGCUGAACAAAUCAAGUUGAAUCCAGACAUAUCAACAGAGUCUCUUGCCCAAACCAUGUCAGUUGCUGUGAGAGCAAAAGUUUCUUUCCAACAAGCAUAUAGAACAAAGAGGGCUGCUUUGAAGUUGCUGGAGAGGUCAAUCAAUGAGCAAUUUGCAAGGGUCAGGGAUUAUGCUGAGGAGCUAAAAAGGGUGGAUCCACACACUACUGUGGAUAUAAAAUGUGAUUUCAACAACCCCCAACAGGCCCCUGUUUUUAAAAGGAUGUACAUUUGUCUUGGUGCAUUGAAGAUGGGGUUUAGGGCUGGAUGUAGACCAAUAUUGAGGCUGGAUGGAUGCCAUCUGAAGAGUGCUUAUGGGAGUCAGUUGUUGACAGUAGUAGGGUUGGAUGCCAACAACACUACAUGGGUCCUUGCAUAUGCUAUGGUUGAAAUGGAGAGUAAGGAUUCUUGGUUGUGGUUUCUGAGAUUAUUGGUGGAUGAUUUACAUAUCUGUGGGGAUGGGAAUGGGUGGACAUUUAUAUCUGACAAGCAAAAGGGGCUAAUACCUGCCUGUGAAGAGGUGAUGCCACUUGCUGAUCACAGAUUCUGUGUGAGACACUUGUGGACUAACUUCAACAAGCUAUACCCAGGGGAAGUGAUGAAGGAUCAGCUGUGGUCAUGCGCCAAGUCCACAACCAUGGCAUAUUUCUGGAAAGAAAUGGUUCUGAUGAAGCAAUUGGAUCCCAAGGCUUAUGACUGGUUGAAUGAUCCUAGAAGACCAGCUAAGCAAUGGUCCAGGUCUCACUUUGGAACAACUCUGAAAUGUGAUGUUCUCCUCAACAAUCUCUGUGAAAGCUUCAAUGCUUUCAUUUUGCCAUCGAGAGCCAAACCUGUGAUAUCUUGCUUUGAAGAUAUCAGGAUUAAGAUGAUGAAGAGGAUUGCCAUGAGGAAGGAAAAAAUCAGCAAAGUUGUGGACACUAUCUGCCCCAAGCCUAGGGAAAUUUUGGAAAAGAAUAAAGUUAAGGCAGCCACAGAUUGUAUUCCUUAUGGUUCUGGAAGUCCUCAGAUUGAGGUAGAGAGCAUUGGAGGAAGCAGAUAUAUAGUUGAUCUGAGUAGAAGGACCUGUGCAUGUAGGAGAUGGGAUCUUACUGGUAUCCCAUGCAAGCAUGCUAUAGCUGCCAUAAACUUCAUGAGACACAAGCCUGAAGAUUAUGUGGAUGCUUGCUACCUCACUAGUACCUACAUGGCCACUUAUUCAAACACAGUCAAACCUGUCAAUGGGAUGGACCUGUGGAAGCAGAGUGAUGAACCUACCAUCCUCCCACCUCAGUACAACAGGCAGCAUGGUAGGCCAAGGACAAAAAGGGUAAAGGAUGCAUCUGAGAAGGAGACUGAUGGCCCCAAGCUUGGAAGGGUUCAUAAAUCUCUAAAGUGUAGCAAUUGUGGAGUUUUGGGUCACAAUGUGACAACUUGCCAUAGGCACCUGCCCCCUAAGACAAAAGCACCUACUGUGUCCAAGAAAAGAAAGCUAAACAGUGGAGAGGGCUCAUCUGUUCCAACUAAGGCUAAGGGAGCCAAACAGCCCCCAAAGACAAAGAAUGAGCUCAGAGAAAAGGCAAAGCUUAGAGCAGCAAAGCUGAAGAAAAAAAGGGAGGAAAAGAAGGCAGGAGCAAAUGCAUCAGGUGCUAGAGCUGCAACCAGCAACAGUAAAGCUGCUGCUGGAACCAGCAAGGUUAAAGCAGCUGCUUCUGCAACUGGAUCAACAAGGUCAUCUGUCAGAAUCAGACAAAAUGCAAAGGCUAGAAAAUAGAGGAAUUGGAGUAUGUGAUUAGCGUCCAAGGUCAGGAUAUUAGAGAUGCAUAUUGCCCACUUUUGUGCAACCUUGUGCUGUGUCACAAGGUUGCUAGUUCUAAUCUUUUGCAAAGAUGAUUAGGGCUAAUCUUUUGUGGACCUUAUUCCAAACUGAGAUUUUUUGGGUAGUUUGGAUGUAAAAUAGAUUUAUGCAUCUAUAGGGGUGCUAAUUACGAACAUGAUUUCCAUUUCUAUUGAAUAUCUUAUUUUGGUACAAAUGUGAUAUUUUCUAGGUUUUAAGCAUACCCAUUUAAUUUUUGGUUUUUGGCAGUACCCAUUUAAUUUUUGGUUUUGGACAUACCCUUUUUGGUGGAUGCAUGCUGAUUUUUUGGAUUCAUCAAACCAUUGGGAUAAUUAUAAAAUUUGGAGGGAAAGUCCUUCAAAUGUCCAUUGUGCCCCUUCUUCUGAGUUUCAGCCACCAAUGGUGGGGCCCUGUGUCGGUGCCACGUCAUGAGUUAACACCCGAAAUGGAUGGAGAUCUCGGGAUUGGACACGGAAGAGGAAUCUUGAGAGUACAGGGGUGUUCUUGAUGAAUUUUAAAGAUCAUGGACUAACAUGAUUUUCGACCUUAAGUUGGAGGAGGCAAAGUGAAAUUAGUCCUUACUUUAAUUAUGCUUGUAUUUAAUGAUAUUCUGGUGACCUUUUCAUAUAUGAUCCUGGUUCCAAGUUAUAUACUUAACUUGCAUUUGAGUAGGUACGUUGAGGAGGAAGACCUCAUGAGGUUCAUGAUUGAGAAAGAGGUAGAAGUUGCAUUUAUGCUGAUUGACGUAGCACAAACCAGAUGAAUUGAUAAAAGAGCUCUAAUAGAUUGGGUGGCACUGAUGGCAAUUCCCACUCUCGAUCCAGCCUUUGUCUCUUCCUAAUUCCAGAAAGAGCGGUAUUUUUCUUUUAUUCUCUACCGAUUUACAAUUUAGUUGUUUCCAUGAACAAUUAUAUUUGGUUGAAAGAACUGAAAAUUGUUCAAGGUGCUUCAAGGGUCGAAGUGGAACUUUAAGUUUGAAGCUUUCCUACCCCUAUUGGUACAUUACAUGCUUUGUAGUUUGUCAGGGGGAAAUGAAGUGAAUUAAAAAACAAUGUUCUUGCUGAGAUCACACUGAAUUUAAUUUGUGCUUAUUGGGUUUACAUGUUGAACUCGUUUUUCUUAUUAAGUUGCAGUAAAUUGUCAUUCUCCCAUGAGAGAUGAGAUCUAAUGCAAAAAAAAAAAAAAAAAAAAAAAAAAAAAAAAAUUUGGUCUAUUGAGUUCACCAAAAGUUCGAGAGUUUUGAUCAACUAAUCCCCUCCUUUAUUUCUAUCUUCCUAUAUCGGCAAAUGGAGGAGCAAUUCAAGACAUUGAUUGUCCUAUCUCAUUAUUUGGAGGUGCUUUCUUUACUGGAUAAUUGGAUAUGUAGAUCCAUCAGCUAUGCAGUUCCUAAAACUCUAGUUCUUUACUGUAAUUACAUUACAAAUAGACCAUCCUCAAAGCUAAAAAAUCCUCUUCAUUGUCCGCCAUACUAAGCAAGCUCGAGACUCCACAACUCCCAAAAGCUCUCAAGUACAGUUUAUCUCAUUCUCUGAUGUUGAGUACCUAGAAUCCGCCGUUUUCCGAUGGGCAAGGGUUUGUUUGAGAAUGAGAAAGCACACAAAGUUAAUUCUUCAACAUUGGCUUGAAGCUAUUGAUCCAGACCAUUAGUAUGGACACAAUUUACACAUGACCUACGAUUUAUGAUGUGAAAGUGAGAGCAGCCAGCCUUUCUUCUUCUGACGGAUACCCAUCUGAAUUGUGGGAAGGCACUACUGGAAAUGCUAUUAUGUAUUUAUGUUCCCCUGCCAUCAUAUGUUGCAAAAGACUUGGGACUAUGUUCAAAAGCCGUGAUGGGUCCUGCUGGAAUCUGUUUGCUGUGUUUUUGAACAUUUGGUGGAACUAUGGGCUUAUUUGGGAAGAGAAAUGAUUGAAGAAUGUCACUGUGUUAUGUUUGUGUACUGGUAGCUUCUUCUUUUUUUGAGGCAACAUUUUACUGAUCUUUGGCUGUAAUUAAAGAGUUGGUGUAUGAAAAGCAAUUGGAUAGGCAAGAAAUGGAUGACUUGCUGCAGAUGGUACUAGC